AAUGAGUAAAUUAUCCAGAUAUAAAUAUGCAUAUAAUCUAUUUAUGAGCUGCUGGCUGCUGCAGUGGCAUUCUUCUGAUAAACAAAAACUGAGUGAAGAGUUUGGUUGUGCUUACUAUAGCAAGAGAAACCUAUCUUAAUUUGGGCAUCGGUCCUUUGGCGUUUUCCAAAAUCCCUAGCCCGAUCUCCUGUGGAGGCAGCCAUGAGGACCCUAUUUUCAACCACCAAACGCCUCAUUUCUUGCACUAGCGCCACCGCCGUGGCCACCCAUUCCCGUUCCUUCAGCUUGAUACCCAUGGUGAUCGAGCACUCUUCCCGCGGCGAGAGGGCUUACGACAUUUUCUCUCGUCUCCUCAAGGAAAGGAUCGUCUGCAUCAACGGACCCAUCAACGACGACACCUCCCACGUCGUUGUGGCCCAGCUCCUCUUCCUCGAAUCCGAAAACCCAUCCAAGCCUAUCAACAUGUACCUCAACUCCCCUGGCGGUCAAGUCACUGCAGGUCUUGCAAUUUAUGAUACGAUGCAGUACAUUAAGUCUCCAAUCAACACAAUCUGUUUGGGGCAAGCUGCAUCCAUGGCUUCUCUCCUUUUAGCUGCGGGAGCAAAGGGUGAAAGGCGGUCCCUCCCCAAUGCCACCAUCAUGAUUCACCAGCCUUCUGGUGGAUACAGUGGGCAGGCUAAAGAUAUGACCAUUCACACUAAGCAGAUUGUUCGCGUUUGGGAUUCAUUGAAUGCUUUGUAUUGCAAGCAUACAGGGCAAUCAAUUGAUGUAAUUCAGAAGAAUAUGGAUAGGGAUUAUUUUAUGACCCCUGAAGAGGCUAAAGAGUUCGGGUUGAUUGAUGAAGUAAUUGAUCAAAGGCCAAUGGCUUUGGUCACUGAUGCUGUUGCUAAUGAACCCAAAGAUAGAAAAGACAGCAAAGAUAAAGGCUCCAAUUAGGAUUAGAAGCAGAAGUGACGAGUUGAUGCGAAGCUGGAGCUAAUGUAGGCCUUUGCUUCAUGAGUUCUCACAUGGAAAAGAGGCAAAAACUUUUAACCGAGGCAUUUCAAACUGCACAAGCGACCAGGUUGCAGACUCUGGUGUUGGUUCCAAUGGUAGAAGUAGCAGUGGGCAUACAACGGUCCAGAUGGCAACAUGGGUGGGGGGAAUAGUGCCAAAAAUACAUCAAACUUGAUUUCCUGACAUACAAUGGAUUGAAUGAUCUCUUUGUUUGACUCCAUAGAUAUGAAAAAUUCUUUGCCAACUAGAAUACCGUCUUUUAGGUGCCUUCUUCCACGUGUUAGUGGAGGCACAGUUGUGAUUUUAUCAAUUACGUAAACAUCGACAAAGACGCUUCUAGACACACAAACUUAGGCACCUGUAUCUAGUAAUGCCUUUCUUUUCUUCGUUCGAGAUGAUGUGCAAAAGGCCUUUGAUGCAAUUGUGAUUUGUUGUAUGUGUCGAGCCAUCGAUGCAAAAAACUUUUCUAGUUGAAAAUAGAGAAACUGAACUGAAAGUGGUACCAGAGGAUACAAA